CACAUCACAUAUAAAAUUCUAUGGUUAAUCGUUUUAUCAAACUCUCGAUUUUUACAGCUCCAGACACUCGAUUUUGAUUGACAGUUAAAAUCUCGAGACAUAGAUUUAGGAAAGUGUUAUAAAAAAAAUGAUUUAGGAAAGUAUUCAUUUCUGUUUUAAUUUAUGGUAAUAACUAAAAGUCUAAAACUCCAUUUACUGCCUUGAAUACUUAGUACAAUAUCUAAAACAUAUCUCAAAAUCUAAUUACAUAAUAUACAUAAUCAUAUCCAUAAAUACUUUUCCAUUUGUACUCAUUAAUUUCUGUUUCUUUUUCGAUCUUCUUUUCUUUUCAAAUAACAUAAUUAUCCAAAACAUAAAAUCAGUUUAGACCAAGAGGCAUGUAGUGAAAUCGGGUAUGUACCGAAACCGAAUAUUCCGUUUAUGAUUCUGGUUUGAGGCACACCGGUUUACCAGUUUCUCCAGUAAUCAAUUCAUAAUAUUUCGAAAUAGUGAGAAUUAUUUUUCGAAUAGACCAUUUCUUACACUGGAUCAAUGAAUUUUUGGAAGGUUUCGUAUGAAAAUAUAUAAACCGAAACGACUCUUGGUUAAACCGAACCGGACAGAUUCCUAAUUUUGACUUUGGAUUAUAUAGACAGUCAAUGACAAAACCAUGCUCCAUAUGGCGCGUUAUUCUCACGCUCAAAUGAUUGAUCGUUCCACUGAAUUUUAUUACAGAGUCUCGUCCGAAAACCAGAAAUGGUUUAUAAUUUAUUUUGGAAAUGGUUACAAAUUAAAAGAGAAAAUUUCCAUAAAUGAGUUUAAUUUUUGAUAAUAUCAUAGAAAUUUUCUGUACAUAUAUAUCUUAGAUUCUCCUCUGCACUCCCCUUUUCUCGUUAGAUAAAAAAAAACAAUUCCUAGUUCUUUUUGUUUUGUUUCUGUCAAAAAAAAUCUGUGAAGAUGACAGUGGAACAAGGUAUUGAAGCUGUGGACCAGUUUCCAGUAGGGAUGAGAGUUCUUGCCGUUGACGAUGACCACACUUGUCUCCGUAUUCUCGAGACUCUGCUUCACCGCUGCCAAUACCACGUUACAACAACGGAUAAGGCACAGACCGCAUUGGAGUUGUCGAGGGAGAACAAGAACAAGUUUGAUCUCGUGAUCAGCGAUGUUGACAUGCCAGACAUGGAUGGUUUCAAGCUGCUUGAGCUUGUUGGUCUUGAAAUGGACUUACCUGUCAUAAAGUUAUCUUCGCAUAGCGAUCCAAAGUAUGUGAUGAAAGGAGUGAAGCACGGUGCAUGCGACUACCUCCUUAAACCGGUUCGAAUCGAGGAGCUCAAGAACAUAUGGCAACACGUGGUGAGGAAAAGCAAGUUCAAGAAGAUGAAGAGCGUUGUGACUAAUGGUGAAUCUGAGGGAAACUCUGAUCAGAACGGCGUGAGAGCAAACAGAAAACGUAAAGAUCCGCUUGAAGAGGAAGACGAAGAAGAAGAAGAACAACAAGAAAGAGGGAAUGAAAAGAAGCCUCGUGUUAUUUGGACGCGAGAGAUGCACAACAAGUUCCUAGCAGCUGUUGAUCAUGUGGGCAUUAAGAACGCUGUACCAAAGAAGAUUCUUGAGCUGAUGGAUGUUGACAACCUCACAAGAGAUAAUGUAGCAAGCCACCUUCAGAAAUUUCGGUUAGCCUUGAAGAAAAUAACAAAUGAAGCUAAACAACAAGUUAACAUGGCAGCCGCCAACUCACAUUUCAUGCAAAUGAGUUCUCUCAAAGGACUUGGCGGCUUCCACCACCACAGUCCAAUACCUCUUGGAUCAAGUCAGUUCCAUGGUGGCGCGGCAACCACGAGGCAUUACCCUUCAAAUAGGACCUUUGCAGGAAUGUUCCCACAUGUCUCAUCAUCGCUUCCUCGUAACCUCCACAAUGAUGGAGGCUACAUGCUUCAGGGAACGCCAUUUCCUCCACUAGAGAAUCUUCAUAUCAACAGCAACAACAAGGCUUUUCCGAGUUUUGCUUCACAACAAAGCUCUCUACUGGUGGCUCCAAGUUUGGUUCUUGAGGGUCACCAGCAGUCAUCAUCUCCAUCCUAUUCUCCUCAUUUGGAGAUCAACAAGCGUCUUGAAGACUGGUCAAACAACAUUCCACAGAGUAAUGUUCACUCAGAACCAGACGCCUUGGGAUGGAACAUGUUCGGCAACUCAACAAAUCAGACAUAUUUCUGUAGAGACACGGAUUUUGGAUCCUCGAGUGCUGCACAUGCAGACUCUUUACAGAUGAAGCAGCAGCAUGAAAACAUCUUUAGUCCGAUGACAGUUGCUCAACUGUUGAGAAGUAGCAGUGCAAAUGAAGGUUUAUUCAUGGGACAACAGAAGCUAGAGGACGGCUUCAUGGCUUCAGAUGCUGGCUCCUUGGAUGAUAUAGUCAACUCCAUGAUGACUCAGCAGGAACAGUCAAGCCGAGUUCUCGGAAGGAGAUUGGGUUUGGGUGGCAUAAUAACUCACUCAAAACAUGCAUAUGAUAUGAGAAUCUGUGUUUUUUUUUUUCUCCUUGUCAGCAUGAGAGUGUUUUUAUUCAGACACAAGUCUUUGGUUCUGUCUAUUUUUUGGCUCUCUUCUUCCUUUGUAAGGGAACCAUAAGCUCUUGUUUACAAGUUUCCUCACUUGUUUAAUAAAAUACGUCUUUCGCGUUUUA